GCUGUUUCGCAAGUAUAAAGAUUUUCAUUGGUUAACUGCAUUUGACGUCAUUUUUGAUCAGCUGGGAGCGGUCAUUAUAAACACAGACGAUGAACGCUUGAUGAUUGACGAUGAAGCACCGCAGCAAUAAAGUGAAUUUCUUGUCAUAUUCUUCACAUCGUAAGAGAAGAGGCAAUCGGAGGAAAGUGAGGGAACCCUCCAAAAGUCUGUCAACAUCAACAGUGACUCUUCCAGGACUUCAUGAGCAGACUGAUGCCUCAAGAAUGGAACUCGAUGUCUCUCAAAUGUUACUUGAUUAUAGUCUUGGUGAUCACAUCCAGGAGUUAGAUCGCUCAUCAUCAUCUUCAGGCAGUAUGAUUCCAUUCAUGGAUACAAGUUCUUGGCUGGCAGUGGCUGGAGAAAUGAGUCUAACCAAGCUGCCAUCUACUCUCUAUCAUGUCUGUAAUUGGUGGAAAACCAAAGUUAAUGAGAGCCUGGAGUUUGCCAAAGAUGUAGUGUUUCCAUCUCGUGUCUACCGUAGGGAGCUUUAUGCCACCCAAGAACAGAUCGUUCUCCUUCAAGAACAACUUCAGAGAAUCAGAGAAGAGAUGGAAUCAAAGAAAUCAGCGGAUAAUACCUCUGCAGCUUCAAGUUGCUCCCAUUGUUGCUGUCCGCUGCACAGCCCUACAGCAACCAACCUUAUCCGAGGGGCAGUACACCAACCUUCUACUAGCACACUGCCACCAGGCUCUUCAACUCUACCAAGUGUACCGCCGCCACUACCACUGCCACCACCACUAGCAACACUUAUGCCCCCACCUCCCCCUCCCCCUCCUCCCCCUCCCCCUCCACCAGCAGUAGUUCCUCCUAAAGACUGGAGAAAGGACCUACCCAAGAGAAAGAAAAGCACCAGCAAUGAAAAUAAGGAAGCGAAUACAAAUCCUGCUAUUUCCUUGGAUGACAUCAAAGGAGUGAAACUAAAAAAAGUGGAUAGGACAAUUAAGAGGUCUAAAUCCUCAUCUGGCAGUGGUCCUCUUGUAACGUUAUCUGAUCUUCAAGCUGUGCAACUCAAAAAAUCUUUCAAGUCUUCAACUCAGUCCCCCCAAAUCACAUCUCCCAUGAAUCUGAGGAAAAGGUUAUCAUUAGAGGCAGUGGACUUCAGGAUGUCCUUGAAGAGAGUUGGUUUGCCUAGAAGUCCAGGCGGCACUCCAUUCCGCAUGAAACCGACUGAGAGUGGGGUAGGGCUUACUCCUAUAAUGACCAGGGCUCUCAAGAGAAAAUUCAGGAGUGUGACUACUCCUCCGUCACCUUGGAGCAGGCAAGCCUCACCUAGCUUUAGUGAUACAUCACCUUUCACACCACCAGGUAUUAGAUUCUGAGACUAAACAUCAAGACAACUUUAAAAUGAAUAAUGUUUUGUAACUUCACAGCAGGCUUGCCUUACCUAGCGUUAGUGAUACGUCUUGAUUCACACUGCCAGGUAUUAGAUUCACGAGGCUAUAUCUCAACCCAUCCACCAUUAAGACAACUUUAAAAUGAAUGAGGUUUUGUAACUACACAGCAGACUUGCCUUACCUAGCAGUAGUGAUACGUCCCGAUUCACACUGCCGGGUAUUAGAUUCACGAGGCUAUAUCUCAACCCAUCCACCAUUAAGACGACUUCAAAUGAAUGAUGUUUUGUGACUACACAUCAGGCUUGCCUCACUUAGCAGUAGUGAUACAUAGCCAUUCACAUUGCUAGGUAUUAGAUUCUGAGGCUAAACCUCGACCCAUCCACCAUUAAGACAACUUUAAAAUGAAUAAUAUUUUGUGACUAUACAGCAAGCUUUCCUCACCUAGCAGUAGUGAUGUGCCACCAUUCACACUGCCAGGUAUUAGAUUUUUUAGGCUAAACUUUACCCAAUUCACCAUUAAGAUGUCUUGAAAUGAAUGUUUUGUGACUACACAUCAGGCUUGCCUCACCUAGCAGUAGUGAUACAUAGCCAUUCACUUUGCCAGGUAUUAGAUUCUGAGGCUAAACCUCAAUCCAUCCACCAUUAAGAUGACUUCAAAUUGAAUAAUAUUUUGUGACAAUAAAGCAGGUUUUCCACACCUAGCAGUCGUGAUGUGCCACCAUUCACACUGCCAGGUGUAAGAUUGUGAGGCUGAUCUUCCACUCCUCCAUCAUUUCAGAUGACUUUACAAUUGAAAGAUCAGAAUCAUUUGUAAUUUUCUAGUGUAUUUCUGCACUUCGUAGAAACAGGUAGAUAUGCCCAUGCUGAAGUACUGAGAAGUCUUUCUUGUACUGACUACUGUGCAUAUUUGAUUUGAGGACAUUUGAUUGCAACUAGAUAUAUUUUGGUUAUAGGAAAUGGGGUACCAGCGGGCAAUCUGACUCACAUAUACACUCAAAAGGUCUAAAACUAUAGAUUAGGUUCAUAGAGCCUAUUUUGUGCUUUUAACCCUAAAACUGCCUGGGGAAGGGGGGGGGAUCACCCCCCCCUUGAGAUCUCGGGCGCCGAUCGCCGUGAAAAUUGGCAUGUGGGAUGUUAUCUACAAAGCUGUAUUGUUAAUUUUUUCCAAAAUCAGAUUAAAAAAAAUAUGAAUUAAUUAUGCUAAUUUAUGCAUAAAUCAUACUUUUUGCUCUAAUUCACUAUAAAAAGCUCUGGUGUAAAUAUUCUUUAUACCAUUGCAAACAAUUACAAAUAAAAUAAAAAAUCCUGUUUUGAAAAUGAAUUACGUAUGUUUUUUAUUGUUUUAUGAAUUGCUUUAAUAUGUAUUUCUUUGUUUUUCUUUUCUUUUUCUUAACCAAAUUUAUUGCCGAGCCUCUUUGAAGCAUAAUUAGGCUAAAAGUUAUGCUGAUGAUUUCGGAAAAAUUAACCAUACAGCUUUGCGGAUUACAUCCACACUCUUAUCAUGCCAAUUUUCACGGCGAUCGGCAGCCGAGAUCUCAAGGAGGGGGGGGGGAUUCAACCCCCCUGGUCACAUAACACCCAAAAAAGCCUGGUCUAGAUAGGGUUGAAUUGAGUCAAAGAAUGCAACUUGUACUGUAUGAAUAAAGACUAGCACUUCAGCAUAGGAACCUAUUACAGGCCAAGCACUGUGUGCUUGUCUUGCUUGGCAGAGUGGCAGACAUAAUUCAAACUAAUGGGAAGUCCAGGCUGAAUAUAAUGAUAUGUAAAUAAAUGAAGUAAAAUUCACAGAGCAAAACACUGGAAAUUUAAUCAAGAUCUGAUAAUAAAUAUCAAAAGGUAUUGAAUCGUAAAAUUUAGCAAUACUUUGUGAAAACAGUUAUAUGAAUGGUGUUACAAAUAUUUAAUGGCUGGGCUGAUGAUGUUACGGUUCAUAACUGUUUGAAACCAAGCCAGUUUAUACUGAUUUCAAUUGGGCUGAUAAGGUAUUCAUGCAACCCCACCCUCACCAAAUUGUGGCUGUAAAUUUUUUGCAUGCUCCACCUAGACAUAGCACCAAAAACCGGAAGCCCUGACCGGAAUACUCUAAGAGUGACGCCAUCUCUUCAGUACUCUAUCGUGUAUUCUUAGAAAAGUGCAAGUUUUACAGAUUUUUUUCAGAAUUUGCAAAUGGUUUUUACUACAUUUAAACCAUAUUGUAACUUUGUUCAUAUACUAUAAUGUGAAUGCCAUUGGUAUGUGAUAUUAACUCCUGUUGGAAUAUUUUCAAUAUUUUUUAACAGAAGCUUAGCUAAAACUGCAUUCGCAGUCUGGUCUGGUAGUUUCCUUCUUCCACAAAAUUAUUUUGUUUUGUUAUUGACCAUUGAUCUGCUUAAAGCAUGCACUUCUGCACAUAAAAUCAUAUCUAUAAUAUUGAUGUGAUAAUCAUUCAGAGGAAUAUCAAAGUUAGGUGAUACGAUGUCAUCAAGUUAUCUCAACUUUUUAUACAAUCUCAUUAAAAUUGUAGAUCAUGUUUGAUUACUUCUACAUGCACUUAAAUCUGUAUUGUACAGUUCUAUUGUCUUUAAAGCAUACUUGCUAAAAUAUUUUGCAAACAGUUAACAAUACUUUAGUGAUUGCAGGCUCUGGUAUAUUGAAUGCAAAUAUAAAACAUGUAUUAUAUAAAUGUCAACUUUCUGUGUACAUCUUUUUUACAUUGUAUUCUUCCGAUGUAUCAUGAAUGGUCAUUAUGUAAAUAUUUCUUUUCUAAAAAUAUACUCUUUUUAUACGAUGUGAAUGUUUACUCAAGAAACUCAUUUAUUUUUUUAUAUUUUGCUACUUAUAAUUACAUGUUAAUUAAUCAUAUAGUGGACAAUGAAGGUUGGUUAAAGGAUUUCAUAACUAAAGAAGAGUUUAAAUUGUUUCCUUUAGAGAUGUUUAUUUUUUGUUUUAACCCAUAGAGGUUUGGUUUCUCCUGUAGUGUAUUACACAACUUGUAGUGUAUCUCUGUUCUCAAUACUUGCAAUCACAUGGAUCAUGAGGUAGCAUGUAUUAUGAUUGGAAAGAGACACCCCUCAGGGUGAUAAUAAAUGCCAAGAUUUUUGGUGUUUAUUAUUGUGGGUUUAUUUUUUCUCAAAAUCAAAGAUUGUUCAUUGCUCACCCAACUUUGUACAUUUGUAGCUGUUGUCUGCUGAUACAGGCCUAUUAGUACAUGAUUUUAGUUUUCAUGUGUAAAGUAACCUGGUUUCGGUUCCGAUAACUUCAUGGGAAAUCAAUUCCUUAAUCGUUGGUGUUUUUUGAUAGCUUAAUGAUCAGUAGCUAUUCAUGCAAAUUAAUCUUUGAGCAAUUACAAUGACAUGUAUGUAAAUUGUUAUUCUAUAAGUCAUUGAAUUUGGAAAAGAGAAUUGUGGUGUGGAAACUAAACAAAGAUAUACAUGGACGUUCCUCUUGUCUCAAUAAUAAGAAAUGUAAAUAUAAUUCUUGCUUAACCAUAUGUCGAUUUUCACAGUACUAAUCAUGGAUUAUAUUCCUUAGUAGUUUGCAGCAUAAAUUGUAUACGAUGGCAGCUUAUACGCAAAUAGUAUUGGUGCUUAUAUAGUGUACAUGUAAGUUGUUAUUAAAGUUUUAUUUAUUUGUUCAGUUAAUUUUCUUAGUUAUUAUUCUAAAGUUGCAAUAAAAAAAGCUUGUAUAUCUGA